UGACAGCCUACCCAAUCGAUAGUACUAUCGUAGCUCUCAGACCGGACAAUAAUUUUUUCUCGUCAAAUUAAAACAGAAUUUAAUCAAUUAAAAUGAACCGAGUGAAGACGGCACAGUCAAAGACCGGCGAGAUCAUCGCCUACAGCGAGGGCGCCAUACGGAAUAACAUAUCUGCCGUGGAGUACUGCCGGACGUCGAUGGCCGCCAUCUCUGGAUGUGCUGCGGGAAUUCUGGGCCUCAGUGGCACUUUGGGCUUCCUUUUCUACUUCUUGUCCGUAUUCGUGCUCUGGAUCUUGGUGCUGCUUAAAUCGGGCACCCAGUGGCGCAAGUUCUUCAUCAACCGCAGCAAUCUGCUGACCAACCAGUUCAUGGGCGGCCUUUGCACUUACGUACUCUUCUGGACAUUCCUCUACGGCAUGGUGCACGUGUAUUAGCGCCUUUAUCAUUAGCAAACAAAUUAUAUAGCGGAAUAAACAUAGGAUUGGACUAGGCAAA